AUGUUGGGCAAGAUGCAUCACCCAAACGUAAUGGUCCCACUAGCUUAUGUGCUCUAUUCACAAGGAGUCUUGCUCUUCUAUGAAUUUUCUCACACUCACACUAUUUACGAUGUUUUACACAACCAUCCCAGAGAUGUGAUUGAUUGGACAAGCAUGUACAGUAGAGAAGUUGGUAUAGCUCAAGGAAUCUGCUACUUGCAUGGAUCCAAAUCCAACAGCUGUGAUCCAAUCCUCGUACCAGAUAUCUCUAGUAAAAAGAUAAUGCUCAAGUGUCUCACUGAACCUCAAGUAGAGGACAUUGAACUGUUCAAGGUAAUCGAUCCUUCCAGAAGAAAUAGCAGCCUCUCGGCAGUUGCAGGCACCAUCAGCUACAUUCCACCAGAGUAUGCUUACACGAUGAGGGUGACAAUGGCUGGGAAUGUCUACAUAUUUUGGGUGAUUCUUUUGGAUUUGUUAACGGGAAAGCUAUCGGUCAGCGAAGGAAGAGAGUUAGCCAAGUGGGUGCAGAGUCAUUCGAGCCACCAAGGGCAGCGCAACAACAUUCUUGACCUAAGAGUGCCCUCAGUAUUGCACUUGCCUGCAUAA